CAUUCCAAGAAGACGAAUUUCUGUGAAGCGCAACAGAGAGAACGGAGAAUAAAAGGAGAAACAAAAGCGAGGGAAAGGAAGGAGAAACUGCGAACGGAUUUUUGUCUGAAUUUUUUGUUUUUUUUAUAGCUUUUCGUUCAUUACGACGACAACUAUCAUCACUUAGCUCCGACGAUUGUUUGAUGCCAUUUUCUUGGAUUUGAUUUGAUUUGAUUCGAUUCGAUUUGAUUCAUUGAAGCCUUCUCAUUCUCUGUUUUUUGCAAAGUUCUUGCCGCAUCGAUUCACGGAUAGCGACGAUUUUAGUGGUGAAUCUGAUUCGUUCUUGUAUCGGAUCUUGAAAGAUCUAUAUAGUUCUGUCUCCACUCCAGAACGUCGUAUUGAGCUUUGGUCUCUUUUGGAUAUUCUCUCCUGCCCCGAGGAGAGGGGGGAGGGGGGGAGAAGACUAUCUGGUACUGUGAAUCUGGCGAGAUGAAUCUGUAGAUACAGUGUUCGGCUGCAUCCUUUUGUCUGUGGUGUGUUUUCGGUCUCGGAGUAUUGUUUCUUUGAGAACGAUGGCAAGGAUUGAGGCUUCUCCUAUCUAUUAAUGAUUAUUCGAGGUCCUAGACUCUGGUUUUGUUCAACCAUCAUUCUGUUUUGGGUUGGGCGCCUUCUUGGGAGGGAUUCAUUUCUCUUCCUUGACCAUCUCGGUCAUUUGGCUGCAAACACGUCCUUUUCCUUCAUUAUUUAAUGUCACGGAAGUUGGACAGUCCAGUUCAGACUCAAAUGGCAGUUGCAGCACUCAAGAGCCCACUCAGCAGGGCUUACCGCUCAAAAAAUGGAAUGGAAGAAAAACAGCCAGUUGGAAGGAGACAAGUUUUUGUGCAAACUGAUACGGGAUGUGUCCUGGGAAUGGAAUUAGAUCGUAGUGACAAUGCUCAUACGGUGAAAAGGAGGUUGCAGCUUGCCCUCAAUAUUCCCACAGAGGAGAGCUCCCUAACAUUUGGGGAUGUGAUACUGAAGAAUGAUCUUAGUGCCAUUCGAAAUGAUUCUCCUCUUCUCCUCACGAGAAAUCUGUUGCACAGAAGUUCAUCUACUCCAUGUCUCUCGCCCACUGGGAAGGAUCUCCGUCUUAGGGACCAGAGUGGACCUAUUGAGAUAUUAGGGCAUCCAGAUCAUUUUGCUGGCACGAGACGGUUAGUCAAAGAGAUUGUGAAAGGUAUAAAGUUGGGUAUUGAUCCGAUUCCUGUUCAUGGUGGGCUUGGUGGUGCGUACUAUUUUAGGAACGGGAAAGGUGAAAGUGUCGCAAUUGUGAAGCCUACUGAUGAAGAACCUUUUGCACCAAAUAAUCCAAAAGGUUUUGUUGGAAAAGCUCUUGGACAACCUGGAUUUAAGCGCUCUGUGCGUGUUGGGGAGACUGGAUUCAGAGAAGUUGCAGCUUAUCUUCUUGACUACGAACAUUUUGCAAACGUGCCUCCGACAGCCUUAGUGAAGAUCACUCACUCAAUCUUCAAUGUAAAUGAUUGGGUGAAUGGUAACAAGCCUCAGGCUCACAAGAAAAAGGCAGUUAGUAAAAUUGCUUCCUUCCAACAAUUCAUUCCACAUGAUUUUGAUGCCAGUGAUCAUGGGACUUCUAGUUUCCCUGUCGCGGCUGUUCAUCGUAUAGGUAUUUUAGAUAUUAGGAUUUUUAAUACGGAUAGGCAUGCUGGGAAUCUCUUAGUUCGGAAACUUGACGGAAUAGGAAGUUUUGGACAAGUGGAGCUUAUUCCUAUAGAUCACGGUCUUUGUUUGCCGGAAACUUUAGAGGAUCCGUACUUUGAGUGGAUUCAUUGGCCUCAAGCGUCAAUCCCAUUUUCAGAUGAUGAGCUCAAGUAUAUUGAAAAUCUUGAUCCGAUAAAAGACUGUGAAAUGCUUAGGAUGGAGCUACCCAUGAUCCGUGAAGCUUGUCUUCGGGUUUUGGUACUGUGUACAAUUUUUCUGAAGGAAGCUGCUGCUUCUGGUCUCUGUCUUGCUGAGAUUGGUGAGAUGAUGAGCAGAGAAUUUCGUAGUGGAGAGGAGGAACCCAGUGAACUUGAGCUAGUAUGUCUUGAGGCUAGGCAGAUGAUAGCAGAGAGGGAGUUCUCUUCUCCAAUAUAUGAGUGGGGCAGUGAGGAUUUCCAGUUUGACUUAGACUGUGAGGAUGGAGAAUUAGACUAUAACUCAAGUAUGGCAGCGGAUCAGUGUUUGGGCUGGUCACAUUACCAGCUUGGUGGACUUGGAGGCCUGCAUGGACGCAAUCCACUCUCGAAAUUGGAGGAAAGCAUUGAGGAGGGGGGAGAAGAUAGUGGAGGGGAGGAGCUAGGAGAAACAGGCAUCUUUCCACCUUCUGAACCCAUUUCUGUGUCAAAGCUUUCUAUGUCUCUCAAGAAUACCGUACUGGGCAAUAAGAACCAGAAAAACCAAAAGUACCAGGUCACAAAACCUGAGUUUGGAUAUAUUACCAACACAUCUGCAGGGCACAGGAGUGCAAACGAGCAGUUUCCUCCAAGUGUCAGUUUUGUAAAGCUUGGAGAUAUGAACGAGGAAGACUGGUCGCUGUUCCUGGAUAAAUUUCCAGAGCUCCUUCGCCCAGCAUUUGCCAAACGCAAAUCUGCAGCUCUCGGGCCGAGGCAGAGGCAGAGACUUGGUACUUCUUGCCAGUUUUGAGACGACGAUGUUCAGUGCGUUGCUGUGAUGAUAGAGCCAUUAUAGAUUAAAUCAUAGCAUUAGAAUUAUGGAAGUUAUGGACGACUCAGUAUUAGGAUUGGCUUGCAUUAUGGGUUUUAAGCCUCCACAUAGGGCUCAUGUUGGAGCUCAGUAAGAGGAAGUUGCUGUAUAUAUUCUUCUCAUCAGCGGAGUAGAAUUGUUUGUAUUCCUUGGUAUUUCCCUCCUGCCCUCUUCUUCUUCCCCUUUUGACUUGUGAACUUGUUUGAUAAAUAAAUUGUAUGCAAACUUAAAACCCUGAAAGAGGUGCAAUGUAAAUAGGGUACUUUAUGUUCUGUACCUUGCUUUAACUUCAUUCUUAUAUUCUUUUUCCUUCAGCCAGAUGCUGUGUGCCAAUAUGAUGCCCUAUUUCUUUUUUGU